UCGCGCGCACUCACACACACACUCACACACGAGCAUCCCAAAGGAUAUUUAAGGCUCGCACACGGGAGGCUGCGGAGAUACCUCGGGAAGCCGCGACUUCAGCCUCGCGCCUUGCAUUUGCUUCUUGGGUUAUUUCGUUUUCCUCUCUUCUUUCCCCGUUGGCCGCCCCUUCUGCACUGAGCUCUUGUGGUCUCUCUCAGCCUUUUUGCCUUUAACUGAAUCAAGGUGGCACACAGGUCGGCGUGCGGAAAUACAUAGUAUAGGUAGAAAUAAGGAAACCUAACGGUGAGAAAGAGAGAAGCAACAGGUCCAGUGCUCCGUGGCCAGGGCAAGCGGCGGACCCUCUCGGCGCCUCGCCCGCAGCCCCUCAGCUCUCGGGGAUCUAGAAAACGGUGCCUGUCCUCUGGAGGGUCUGGGAGGGCCAUUCAGGUGGGUUUCGUUUUGGUUUUUACUUUAUUGCCACCCAGUCCCCAGACUGGGUGCUCCCAGCUAUCUGUGCUUUUCACUCCUAACUGGGAGGGGAGAAGAAAGCGGAGGAUGGUCGACGCCUGCUGGUCUCGGAGCUGAGGAAAGCAGAGGUCCAUCUCCGCUCUGGAGCUCCGGCUCAGCCAACUAGUUGUGCAGCCACAGGGACUGAACUUUGGAGGAAUCGGCUUUUUUCUUUGCUUCUAAGAUUACUGGAGAUAGUAGAAGGUGAUAGGCGAAGCCGAGACAGCCGACCCCGCCACCAUGCUGGUGAAGAAGCACGCAGGGAAAGGAGGUAGCCGUGAGCCCGGCUCCCAGGAUCCGAGCCCCGCGGGGCAGCGCUGUGCCCGGACCUGGCCCGCGUGCGCGGCCCUGGCGGCUCUCCUGUCGGUGGUGGCCGUGAUGUUCUGUCUAUACCUGGGGGUGAAAACCAGCGACCUCCAGGCGAGGAUCGCCGCUCUUGAAUCCGCCAAAGGGGACCCUUCCUUUCGUCUGCUGCCUGAUUCCCUGGAUCAUCUCAAGGCAAUGGUGCAAGAGAAAGUGGAGCGACUUCUGGCUCAGAAAUCCUAUGAACAUAUGGCUAAAAUAAGAAUCGCAAGAGAAGCACCUUCAGAGUGUAACUGCCCAGCAGGCCCUCCAGGGAAGCGAGGUAAGAGAGGCCGAAGAGGAGAAUCUGGUCCUCCUGGUCAACCUGGUCCCCAGGGCCCUCCUGGUCCAAAGGGUGACAAGGGAGAACAAGGUGAUCAGGGGCCUCGGAUGGUGUUUCCUAAAAUCAAUCAUGGGUUUCUCUCUGCUGAUCAGCAGCUCAUUAAACGCCGCCUGAUUAAGGGUGACCAAGGACAGACAGGCCCUCCAGGCCCUCCAGGACCUCCAGGCCCAAGAGGUCCUCCUGGGGACACAGGGAAAGAUGGCCCCCGUGGAAUGCCCGGAGUGCCUGGAGAACCAGGAAAGCCAGGAGAACAAGGCUUAAUGGGUCCUCUGGGGCCUCCAGGACAAAAGGGUUCUGUUGGCAUACCUGGCAUUGCAGGGAUGAAUGGGCAGAAGGGUGAACCCGGGUCGCCUGGAGCAGUAGGACAGAAUGGAAUACCAGGCCCAAAGGGAGAACCUGGAGAACAAGGAGAAAAGGGUGAUGCUGGAGAGAAUGGCCCCAAAGGUGACACAGGCGAAAAGGGUGAUCCUGGAUCAUCUGCUGCAGGAAUUAAGGGAGAACCUGGAGAAUCUGGUCGUCCAGGGCAAAAGGGUGAACCAGGGCUCCCUGGGCUUCCUGGACUUCCGGGGAUAAAGGGAGAACCAGGUUUCAUUGGUCCUCAAGGAGAACCAGGCUUACCAGGGUUACCAGGAACAAAAGGCGAACGUGGGGAGGCAGGGCCUUCUGGAAGAGGGGAGCGAGGGGAGCCUGGAGCCCCUGGACCAAAGGGGAAACAAGGUGAAUCAGGAACUAGAGGCCCAAAGGGGUCAAAGGGUGAUCGUGGAGACAAAGGGGACUCUGGAGCUCUGGGACCAAGGGGUCCACCUGGUCAAAAAGGGGAUCCGGGAGCCACCGAGAUCAUAGACUACAAUGGCAACCUCCAUGAAGCCUUGCAGGGGCCCCCUGGACCUCCUGGACCUCAAGGACUGCAAGGGCCCAAGGGAGAGCCAGGUUCCCCAGGAAUCCCAGGAGCUGAUGGAGAGCAGGGACUCACAGGCUCAAAAGGGGAAAUGGGGGACCCAGGUAUGCCAGGCGAAAAAGGAGGAAUUGGACUUCCUGGAUUACCGGGGGCCAAUGGAAUGAAAGGGGAAAAAGGAGACUCUGGAUUGCCAGGCCCUCAGGGUCCUUCCAUCAUAGGCCCCCCAGGUCCCCCAGGCCCGCAUGGCCCUCCAGGCCCCAUGGGACCACAUGGACUUCCUGGACCAAAGGGUACAGAUGGCCCUAUGGGACCCCAUGGCCCUGCAGGUCCCAAAGGAGAAAGAGGUGAAAAAGGAGCUACCGGAGAGCCAGGACCCAGAGGGCCCUACGGUCUGCCUGGCUUCCCUGGUCCACGAGGAGAGAAGGGUGAUCUAGGAGAAAAAGGAGAAAAGGGAUUCCGUGGCGUUAAGGGGGAAAAAGGGGAGCCAGGCCAGCCUGGCCUGGAUGGGCUGGAUGCCCCUUGCCAAUUGGGACCAGAUGGGUUACCCAUGCCUGGCUGUUGGCAAAAGGUAGGCUGUGUUUCAGAAUUAUUUCUAAAAAGAGUACUCUCCCUUUCUCUUAUCCUGGGCUAGCCUUUUCCAUUCUGAACAACAGAUCUUUUAAAUUUGACAUUCCCGAAAGUUGUUUGGGUGUUAAAAACAAAAAAGUCCAUCUUCCAGACUAUCUCUUGUUGAACAUACUUACU